AAUCUGACGUUUGCUUUCACAAAGUUUCGAUUAUUUUUUCAGCGCAGACAGUGCAGAAAUUCUUUAGCAGCUCUCAAUCAAUAGGAAUAUUUCCCUGUUUAAUCGUUAGUGCUAUCGUAACUAAUUAGCGCUGUUGGAAGAAAUCCACUGUUUAACCAUUCUGUCUCGUAAAGGAUAUUAUGACGCGAGCUAACAUUGAACUGGGUGAUGUGACCCACCACAACCUGAAACAACUGAAGAAAAUCAACACGGUGGUGCUGCCGGUUUUAUACAAUGAUAAGUUCUACUUGGACGUGCUGGAAUCGGGAGAGCUGGCCAAACUUGCCUACUAUAAUGACGUCGUCGUCGGAGCGGUCUGUUCCCGCAUAGACACCACUGAGAAUAUGCGAAGGUUGUACAUUAUGACGCUGGGCUGCCUGCAUCCGUAUCGACGGCUCGGAAUCGGCAGCGUGAUGGUCAAGCACAUACUGAACUACGUGGAGAAGGACGGUAACUUUGAUAGCAUAUUCUUGCAUGUCAAGGUGGACAACGAAGGAGCGAUCGAAUUUUAUAAGAAAUUUGGAUUCGAAAUCGUCGAAACCAAACAGCACUACUACAAGCGCAUCGAGCCAGCGGAUGCUCAUGUUUUGCAGAAAACUUUAGUCAAACGAUCUGGCCAUCAGCAGCACCAUCAUCACAACGGUAUAGCAGUGGGAAACAAUAAUAACAAUAACAACAAUCAGGUCAAUCAGAGUAGUCAAAGUAUUCAGAAUUCGACCUCACAGCAGCAGGCGCCCGAGAAGAAUCGAUAAGCGGAGGUCGAUUCUCAGCAAGCUGCGAAUGAUGGGAAGGUGGACAAUUUUUGUGAGUUAAUUUAUAAGCUUCUGGAUGCUUUUUCGACGAUGAAAACCACUUGUAUCGUUGACUUAGGCAUAUUUUACAGUUCAGUUUGCUGCGCAACAGUAAAAAUGGUUUAAUAAUAUAGUUUCACUUAUAAAGGUGUUGUGUUUUUUAACGAGCCAUUAAAGUUAGUAUGGCUGGAAACCAAGAGGACGUUAGAUGAA